AUGAAUAUCAUCGAAUGGGCGUUUGGGAAGCGGAUGACCCCCGCGGAGAGGCUGCGCAAACAUCAGAGAGCGCUUGAGAAGACACAGAGAGAGCUCGAUAGGGAGCGCGUGAAACUCGAGAAUCAGGAGAAGAAGCUUGUACAGGAUAUAAAAAAGAGUGCGAAGAAUGGACAGAUAGGCGCGUGUAAGAUCCAGGCAAAGGACCUGGUUCGAACGAGACGGUAUAUUCAAAAGUUCUACUCCAUGCGGACACAGCUCCAGGCUAUCUCGUUACGGAUUCAGACCGUCCGAAGCAAUGAGCAGAUGGCACAGUCGAUGAAGGGUGCCACAAUACUGCUAGGAAGCAUGAACAGGCAGAUGAACCUACCCGCACUUCAAAGAAUCGCCAUGGAGUUUGAGCGAGAAAACGAGAUAAUGGAUCAACGCCAGGAGAUGAUGGACGAUGCCGUCGACGAAGCAACCGGGCUGGAGGAUGAGGAGGAAGGAGAGGAAAUUGUCAAAGAGGUGCUAGAUGAAAUCGGCGUUGAUCUUGGGCAGGCGUUCGGGGAGACACCGAGUGGCAUUCAAGGCACGGCGGUCAAGGAAGCCCGUGUUGCCCAAGCGGUUGGCGGAGGCGGCCAUACGGAUGAUGAAGACUUACAGGCCCGACUGGAUAGUCUAAGGAAAUGA